AUGCUGUGCCUCAUGUUCAUCUUCCUGUUGCCGUUCUUCCUCUGCACAGGUAGCUUCAGCAAUUGCUUGUCGGUGCUCCAGCCGUUCAUACCUGCUGAGGUGCAUGGAAAGUCCACGGUCACGAACUUCAACAUCACAGUUCGGACAGUUGACCAUAGAGAUAAAAGCGAGCAAAAAGAAUAUAUGAGAUCAGUCCGAAGGGAGGAUAAGGUCUGGGUAGAUAAUCUGGGUGACAGUCGAGAUCAGUUCGCAAUUGAGAUCACAUGCUUCUGCUCAGUGACAAGAUACUGUAUAAUUUCGACCUUAGUCACAGCUGUUUUUGGGUUGACGAACCUAAUUUUGUGA